AUGCACCUUUGGGAGGUGUCCGUGUUCGUGUUCGAGAAGAAGACAGCCGAGAAGCUCCACAAACCCCGUCGCCGCGAGGUAGUGACGGAGCUGCUGCGACACGGCAUACGACAGCUGGAGCGGCACCGACACCCGAGACUCCUCCAGGUGGUGGCGGGCCCCGAGGACACUCCCGAAACCCUCUCCUUCUACUCCGAGCCCAUCAUGGCCUCCCUCAGCAACAUCAUCACACCGCCCGACGAGAAGGAGAAGGAGAAGGGCACCAGCCUCUCCAAGGACUACAAGUUUCUCGAGGUGGAGAUCAAGUACGGCAUCCUUCAGCUGACGGAGGCGCUGUCAUUCUUGCACUACUCCUGCCACGUGAUUCACCGCAACGUCACCCCCGCCUCGGUCUUCGUCACCAAGCGGGGCACGUGGAAGCUGGGCGGCCUGGAGUUUACUGAGAAAGUUGGUGAGGGCGAGGGACCAGACAACAUCACAGUUCAGCCGUGGACGUCCAGAGCCCCGAAGAUGACCCAACCUGACCUCGACUACAUCAGCCCCGAGGUGCAGUCUUCGUCCACCUGCAGCGUUCUGAGUGACAUGUUCUCCCUGGGCAUGUGCAUCUGUGCCAUCUACAACUCGGGACGGUCACUCAUCGAAGCCAGCCACUCCAGCUCCGUGUACCAGAAGCAACUUGAGGUGGUGGGCGAGCAAGUGAACAACGUGCUGCCCAAAGUGCCGCUGGGUCUGCAGGAGGCUGUCGUUCGUCUGGUGAGCCGCGAUCCCCGCCAGCGACCCACCUCACAGCUCGUGGCGCUCAUCAAGUACUUCAGUGACCCGGUGGUCCACGCGUUGCAGUUCCUCGACGUCAUCAACAUGAAGGACCCGACGCAGAAAACUCACUUCUACCGCACAACGCUGAUGGAGACGAUGCCGGUCAUCCCUAAGAAGCUGUGGUUCCUGCACGUGUGGCCGUCGCUGCAGCAGGAGAUGCGGACGCAGGAGGUGCUGGCGGCCGUACUCCAGCCCAUCCUGCAGCUCAUCUCCGACGUCACCACCGACGAGUACGAGAACAUCAUCUUGCCGCAUUUCAGAGUGGUGUUCAACCUUCCCAAGAGCAUCCAGGCCUCUGUGACGCUGCUCGAGAACAUCCACGUCAUCCUCGAGAAAACCCCGAGCGAGGACGUCUCCACCGACAUCCUACCUAUCAUAUACUCUGGCCUCGAGUCCUCCACCGUCCAGGUCCAGGUGGCGGCGGUGGUGGCGGCAACCAACGCCUCGGAGUACAUGGACGCCGACGCCAUCAAAAAGACAGUACUGCCGCGGACGAAGGCGAUCUACGAGAAGUCCCCGACCGACGUGUCCCUCUGCCUGACGGUGCUGGGCUGCAUCGAGAAGAUUCUGGACAAGCUGGAGCGGUCGGCGAUCAUCGACGACGUGCUGCCGAUCCUCGCCGACGUGAAGCUGCAAGACGCCGAUGUCACUGUCAAGGUUGUAAACAUCUACAGGCUCAUGCUGGGCGUCAAGAAGUUUGGUUUGAGCGUCAACCUUCUGGCCACGCGCAUCCUGCCCUCGCUGCUGCCACUCACCGUCAGCCCGUCUCUCAACCUCAUCCAGUUCAGCUUCCUCCUGCAGACCAUCCACGAAAUGCUCGACCACAUAGACAAGCAACAACGCAACAAACUCAAGCUCGACAACCUGAGCCUGGCCAGCAGCCCGGGGGAGAAGCGGCUGCUCCGCCAUCAGCUCAGCUCCGACAACAUGUCCCUCUCACCCUUCUCACCCGUGCCCAACGUGCGCAUCCAAGACACCCGCAUGUCAUCCAGCGCCGAGGAUUUUCUCUCUCGCCGGGGGUCGUCAGGUAUUGGCUUCUUGGGAUACUCAUUCUCAGGACCCUCGUCUCCAGACUCAAACCUCCUAAGAGUACAGUCAGCCACUAUCGGGCGGCGACUCUCAGACAACGAGCUCAUGAUGCCACCAAAGAUCAGGGUAGCACUCUCCUCUGCCUCCUCCCCGGGCGAGACCUCCACUGGCUCGCUGCCUAUCCGACGGCACUCCAGCAUUGGGCCCGAGAGACGGGGGUCUACCUGCACCAAUCUCUCGCCCCCUACUCCGACACGCCCACGCCGCUCCCUGGACCUGCAUUACUCCCAGGCGCUGUCCCGUACCUUGACAAAGUCGCAGUCUUUUUUAAAGAACUCCUCCAUCGCCAACGCCAGCAAAAGUGUUCCCAUGCUGCUCACGCCCUCGCCCGUGUCUAACCUUGGCUCAAGAAGACAGUCCACAUGCUCCAUCACGUCGCUUAGUGGCUUGGACUCGCGCCGAUCCUCCACAGCCUCCAUCGGCAACCCUCUCGGCUCCUCCUACAAGUCCCACCGCCGCCCGUCAGCCCUUAUCUCCAAUUCCUCAAGCGGUAACCUCCUGCAGCAGUUGUCGGCCGGCGUGGUGAGUACAUACCAGCUGUUCUCCAGUAAAUCAUAAGCAAGAUCUGAUCCAUCAGAAGAAAACAUGUCAACGAUUCAUCGUGCGUGUGUGGAAUGCAUCAAGGUGACCCCAGCACACAGUCAGACCAAACGUCUGCCCUGCAAUAAAGCAAGUGAACCCAAACUACAGCGGAUGGAGACUGUGGGAGGGAUAUAGUGAGUCAACACCCAAAAGACUGGUCAGUCAUUGCAAUGAGUAAGACAAGACCAUUUUCAGAUUGUGUUGCUGGAGGAGAAAAUACAUUCAUAUACUGUGAUUGCUAUGUACAUUGCUAAAGCUCAAGUUGACUACUGUUGUCAAGGCAGCAGGAAGCGGGCAGAGGAGGAGACUGGUGUUUUGUAUGCUAGGUUAAGACGUUCAGACUGUUGAGGUGAGAUGCCUGUCUAGGGUGGUGAGAGAGUGGGAACAGGGAAUAGAGGGGUAUAUAUUGUUGUCAUUGGUAGUAGUGGCUGUGGUCAUGGUAUUAGUCACUGAUGGUUACAGUGGUGGCUAGUCUAGUGGAUCAUCGCAAUGGCUGUGCUUGUGUUGGCAGUUGGCCAUCUCAUACACACUGUGUGGAGUUCAGGUGUGGGCCGCAGCAGGGUGAAGGUGCGGCCCUCACCCUGCUGCGGCCACUCGGGCAGUGGAGCACCCCACUCAGCAACACACCACCUAGUAUGUCUUCAAAACACUUCUCAACACCUGCACUCUCUUCACACAGAAAAUGCAAGCAACUUUGUGUAGAUUAUCAGCCAUUCAAUCAGUUAUUGUGUUUUAAUAAAUUGGCAUAACAAAGUGGGCACAUAAUGGCAACUUUAUUCAUGGCAGGAAAUGCAGACAGCAGCUGCUCAGUUCAGUCUGCUACUGCACUAUUAUUAAAACUUGAAAACAUUGUGUUCAUUCACAUAAUGGCCAUGGAUAUCCCGUCAGUCUUAUGUUUCAUAGGCUAUCCAUUCUAAUUAAUCCAACCUUAACCACUGAACUACCUCCUGGACCUUGGCCUCAUAAGGAAGUGGUUCUAAUGUUUUCCAAUGCUAAAAUGCAUUUUUCAUUAUGCUUCCUAACUACUUUUUGAUAUGGACUCAGACUCAGUACUAAAAGGAGAAUAUGAUGAUUUAAAAGUUAAAAGUCUGCAUUUUUCCCUUGAUAUUCUGCACAUUUCAUAGUUGAAUUAGUCAAAGGUCCUUGAAUACUGACUGCCGACCCUGAGCCUCUCAAGGCCGGGCGUUGUCAUGAACACCUUCCUGCCGGGGAGGUUUUACCAACACGGUGAGCACCGUUUCAUGGGACAAAAUGUCCCAGAAGACAUAAAGAGUAGUGUAUUCUGGUAUUGAAAUUGGCAUUUUCAGCAGAAAGAUAACUGGGAACUGAUAUAUCCACAGCCAUAAAAGUCAAAGCAAUGUAAGGAAGGUCUGUGAAGGUAGUUGUAUUUUAUUUAAAGUCUUGGGUGAUAUUCUUCUCUGGCUUCCAUAAUAACAACUAGUCUUUUCUUAGACACUUAAGUAUAUCACUUACUCUGUUUGUGAGACUUGAAUGCACAUUUAAUCACAUACUAUUAUAAUAAGGUUAAAUUCAUAUUACUGACAACUUCCACACCUCCCAGCUGUCCUUAUGUUAGUGAACACUAUAGAACAGUUUGAGGAAGCUUUUUGUUGGUGAAACACAGCCUUUGAUCAUCCAGUGUUUAUGUUUCCUGUGCGUUUAGCCCCAUUGACAUAUCUUCACCUGUCAUUAAGUCCAAAUGCUAUGGUUAUAUGUCGUCAUCAUGAUGAAGCACAAUGCAGUACUGUUAUGACAGUUUUGUGUAUUAAUGGUGAUCACAGGGGCAUAGGAUAUAUAUAUUUUUGAUUAGUAAUAACAUUUCAGUGAUAAGUCCAGCAUUGACUGAUGAUGCAUCUUAUGAGAAUGGGCUUUUAGGUUAUACUUCCAUGGUUGUGAAGUAGCCGUAUACAGGGUCCUCAUAAGAGCUACUGCAGGCUGUCUCCAGGAUGCAUGUAACUGUGCAGGUCAAGAUAUUGCCUGGUUAAUGCAUGCAUGAGGUCUGGGCUAUACUCUUUAUAGUGCAGCCAUUACAGUAUGCCAUGACUCUCACUACACCACUACCUCCUGUGAUGCUGGCUGGAUCUCUGUUCAACUUUUAGUCUCAGGUGGGACACAGGAAUAGGUAUUGCUUCCUAUUUUUCUAUACAUUUCUUCAAUGACUCCUUCUAUACUGUAGCUGACUCAUAAGCUAAGAAAGUUCUUGCCAAUGAACCUUCACUUGUUU